AAGAAUACGAAGCCAUAGCAGAUCGGGCUUUGAGCAGGCCCGUCGAUACGGCAGCCUUGACGGAGCUGGUCGCAUUCGUUAGAAAAUCUAUGGACGGAUCCCUGAAGCAGCUAGAGGUCGAUCUCUACGAUAUACUUCAGCACGUCCUCGUUUUGUCGGAUUACCAUGUUCUCGCGGACACCGAGAUCGACGCCAACAACGUCGCGUUUCAAUGGUACCACCGAUUCCCCGAUAUCUUGGCCGAGAACGAAGUUUUGGUGGCUACGAAGACGGUGGAGUUCCAGGAGGCUCUUCGAAUCAGGUACAUCAAAUUCGAGGAGGAGUUGGACUCUUACGCCAAGCAAGUGGCCGACACUCAAUUCUGGGGUGACAUAGCGGAGGUUUACAAGUACCAGAGGAGGGCUCAGACUCUGGAGAACAGGCUGAUAGCUGCGAUGGAGAAGAUCGACAAGUUCAACGAAGAAGAAGCUGCGUUCGGUUGGGAUAUCACGCAGUAUCCGCGACGGAAACAGAUCGCGGACCAGCUGAAGCCGUUCAAGCAGCUGUUCGAUGCCAUCUGCGAUUUCAUGACCAAGCAGGAACUCUGGCUGAACUCGAUGAUCGGCAGCUACAGCCCCGAGGAUAUCGAGAACGACGUCGGACACGCGUACAGAACGAUCUACAAGCUGGAGAAGAGCUUUCAAGAACCGGAUCUGAGAGACCUAGCGAGCAACGUACGCGAGAAGAUCGAGGACUUCAGGGAUCGCAUGCCGAUCGUACUCACCUUGGGGAAUCCAGGGUUAAAGGAUCGCCACUGGGAGCAGAUAUCCGAGAUCAUCGGCGUUCCCAUCAAGGUGGACGCCGACCUGACAUUGGCCAAGGUCCUGGAGAUGGGUUUGGACUCGCUGGCCAGCAAGUUCGAGGCGAUUUCGGACAACGCGUCGAAGGAGGCGACCCUGGAGAAGGCCAUGGACCGGAUGCAGAAGGACUGGGCCGAUCUAGUGUUCACGGUGAACCCUUUCAAGGAGACCGGCACCCACGUGAUCGCCGGCGUCGACGAUAUUCAGCUGCUCUUGGACGACCACAUCGUCAGGACCGUCACCAUAAAGAACUCGCCGAACAUCAAGCCCUUCGAGGCCAGAAUCUUGUCGUGGGAGCGUAAAAUGCACUUGCUGCAAGACAUCUUGGACCAGUGGCUGCGGGUCCAGGCGAUCUGGAUGUACUUGGAGCCGAUAUUCACGUCGCCGGAUAUUCAGCAGCAAAUGCCGGACGAAGGACGCAAGUUUUCAGCGGUGGACAAGACCUGGCGAGACAUUAUGAAGACGGCCCAGGCGGAUCCUCGGGUUCUCUACGUGAUCGAGAUCGACAAGAUGCUCGAGAGGCUGAAGAAGAGUUUCGCUCUCCUGGAGGACAUUCAAAAGGGGCUGAACGAUUACCUCGAGAAGAAGCGGCUCUUCUUCCCGCGGUUCUUCUUUCUCUCGAACGACGAGCUGCUGGAGAUCUUGUCGGAGACCAAGGACCCGACACGUGUCCAGCCGCACCUGAAGAAGUGUUUCGAGGGCAUCCACAGGCUCGAGUUCAACGAGGAUCAAGAAGUACUCGCGAUGAGAUCGUCCGAGGACGAAAUCGUGAACCUGGUGGAUAUAGUAUCCACUGCCGCGGCCAGAGGACAAGUGGAGAAGUGGCUCGUCGAACUGGAAGCAAUUAUGAGACGAAGUAUCCGGCAUAUGGUGGAGCAGGCGAUGCAGGCGUAUCCGCGAAAGCAGAGGAAGGACUGGGUGCUCGAUUGGCCGGGUCAAACGAUUCUCUGCGUCGGAAAGACGUAUUGGACUUUGCGUAUCGAGGAGUCCAUGUUGCAGGGUGCUGUCGGUUUGAACGGGUAUCUCGAGCAGUGCCAGUCGGAGCUGAACGACGUGAUAUUGCUGAUCAGGGGCAAGUUAUCGAAGCAGAACCGUAUCACUUUAGAGGCUCUGGUCACUCUCGAUGUCCAUGGGAAAGACGUACUGGCGAGUCUCUGCGAAGAAGAAGCGAUCGAGAACACCGACUUUAGAUGGCUGUGCCAUCUUCGCUAUUACUGGCUGGAAGACAACAUGUGGUCGUACAUGAUCAACUCGCGUUUGAGAUACGGUUACGAGUACCUGGGGAAUUCGCCGAGGCUGGUGAUCACACCGCUGACGGAUCGAUGCUAUCGGACUCUGUUCGGCGCCCUGCAUCUCCACUUGGGCGGCGCGCCGGAGGGACCGGCGGGGACCGGUAAAACAGAGACGACGAAGGAUCUGGCAAAGGCCGUGGCGAAACAGUGCGUCGUUUUCAACUGCUCCGAAGGGCUGGACUAUCUUGCUCUGGGCAAGUUCUUCAAGGGGUUAGCCUCCUGCGGCGCCUGGUCCUGCUUCGACGAGUUCAAUCGAAUCGAUCUCGAAGUGCUGUCGGUUGUCGCGCAACAAAUCCUGACGAUUCAACGAGCGAUCAACAGCGGCGCGGAGAGGAUGGUGUUCGAGGGCACGGACAUCUUCCUGGACCCAACCUGCGCCAUCUUCGUCACGAUGAACCCCGGCUACGCCGGUAGAUCGGAGUUGCCGGACAAUCUGAAGGCUCUGUUCCGACCGGUGGCUAUGAUGGUGCCGGACUACGCGCUGAUCGCGGAGAACACACUGUACUCGUACGGGUUCUACAACGGCAGGCCGUUGGCGGUGAAGAUCGUGACCGCGUACAAACUCUGUUCGGAGCAGCUCAGCGGUCAGGGUCACUACGACUACGGCAUGAGAGCCGUCAAGUCCGUCUUGGUCGCCGCCGGCAACCUGAAGCUCCGGUACCCGGACCAAUCCGAGGACAUUCUGAUGCUGAGAAGCAUCCUCGACGUGAACCUACCAAAGUUUCUCGUCCACGAUCUACCCCUCUUCGAAGGAAUCGCCUCGGACCUGUUCCCCGGCGUUCGUCUCCCGACCCCGGACUACGCUCACCUGAACGCCUGCACCAUGGAAGCCUGCGCCGCCGCGAACAUCCAGUGCACGGGCUUCUUCCUCGAGAAGAUCCAGCAGAUUUACGAGAUGAUGCUCGUCAGGCACGGAUUUAUGAUCGUCGGGCUGCCGUUCGCCGGGAAAACGUCCGCGUACAGGAUGCUAGCGAACUGCCUGGCCCUGCUGGAGGAACGGCGGCUGAUGGACGAGCACCGGGUGGAGAUAACGGUUAUUAAUCCGAAGGCGAUCACGAUGGGCCAACUGUACGGCCGAUUCGACCCUGCCUCGCACGAGUGGAGCGACGGCGUCCUGGCUGUCAGCUACAGAGCGUUCGCCACCUCCGUCAACGAGAAUCGAAAAUGGCUGGUGUUCGACGGGCCGGUCGACGCCCUUUGGAUCGAGAACAUGAACACCGUGCUCGACGACAAUAAGAAGCUUUGCCUGACCUCCGGCGAGAUCAUCCAGCUGGCGCCCACCACCAACUUGAUCUUCGAGCCCAUGGACCUGGAGGUGGCCUCGCCCGCCACAGUGUCCAGAUGCGGCAUGAUCUACAUGGAGCCGGUCAGUCUGGGUUGGUCGCCGCUCCUGAUCUCCUGGUUGAACACCCUGCCAUCUACGUUCACCGAACAUCUAAGAAACCAUUUGAGCGACAUGUACACGCGAUUCUGUCCGCCCCUUCUGCACUUGCUGCGCAGAGGCGGAGUAAAGGUGUUGAUCGCGAUGCCCGACGCGAACUUGACAAGAUCGGUGACGUAUCUGUUCGACUGUUUCCUCGAGGACUUCCGCGACGAGAAGUACCUUCGGACCUUGUCCGAUCUAGAUAUGCGGGCGCAAGUCGAGGGCUGCUUCUUCUUUUCCUGUAUUUGGGCGAUGGGAGGCACCCUGAGCUCGGACUCGUGGGAGGCGUUCAGCGAGCUGUUCAGAGCUCUGACGAGCAGGGAGUUUCCCGAGGACGUCAGGCAACGUUUCGACGUCUCCGAGGACACCGGAGACCCGCCGAAGCCCUACGUGGUGAACAUACCCAUGGCCGGUCUAGUUUUCGAUUACAAGUUCGCGAAGGAGGGCAAAGGGAAGUGGAGGCCCUGGACGGAGGACUUGCAGGACGUCCCGCCGAUUCCGAAGGACAUGCCGGUGAACCAGGUGAUCGUGCCGACGGUCGAGACCGUGCGCUACGUUCACCUGUUCAAGCUGCUCGUCCGUAACCAGAAACCGGUCCUCGUGGUCGGCCCGACCGGGACAGGCAAGUCCGUCCACAUCAUGGACUUUCUCCUGAAGAAGAACGACCCGGAAACGUACAAGCCGCUGUUCCUGAUAUUCUCGGCGCAGACCACCGCCAAUCAGGCCCAGGAGAUCGUCAUGGGCAAGCUCGAUAGGAGGAAGAAGGGGCUGUACGGCGCGCCGCCGGGAAAAUACUGGGUGGUGUUCGUCGACGACUUGUCCAUGCCCCAGAAAGAGCAAUACGGGGCACAGCCGCCCAUCGAGUUGCUCAGGCAGUGGCUGGACCAUCGGACUUGGUACGACGUCGAACAAGCGAUCCCCAUAGAAUUGGUGGACGUGCAGCUGAUGUGCGCCAUGGGCCCUCCGUCCAGCGGUUUGGACGUCACGCCCAGGUUCAAACGGCACUUUUUCGCUCUGGCCAUCUCGGAGUUCUCCGACGACGUCCUAACCACCAUAUUCGGAAAGUUGAUGGCAUGGCAUCUCGACAGAAAAGAGUUCCCGCAGUAUUUCCAAACCUGCAUCGAUUACGUCGUCGACGGAACGUUGGACGUUUACAAGGAAACGAGGCAGCAUCUUCUGCCAAUCCCUGCCAAGUGUCAUUACCUGUUCAACUUGAGAGACUUCUCGAGAGUGGUCCAGGGAGUGCUGCUCUCCACUCCCGAAACCAUCGCGGAGCCCGUCGGCAUGAAGCGGCUAUGGGUCCACGAGGUUCUGCGCGUUUACGGCGAUCGAUUGGUGGACGACGCCGACGUUAAAUGGCUCGUCGAUCGGAUACGAGUCACCGUGUCUACUUAUUUAGACGACGAUUUGAAUCGUAUGUUCGAAAGCUUGAGCGACAAAAACGGCAUGGUGACAGAGACGGAACUUCGAAAUCUGAUCUACUGCGACUUCCAAGAUAUCCUGGCAGAUAAGAAAUUGUACCAGGAAGUCGCCAACUUGGACAAUUUAACCUCGACGGUCGAAGAAUACCUCGGAGAGUACAAUUCCAUCUCAAGAACGCCGAUGAACCUGGUCCUCUUCAGAUUCGCCAUCGAACAUCUAUCGAAGAUCUGCCGAGUGAUGAUGCAGCCUCGCAGCCACGCCCUGUUAAUCGGCGUGGGUGGUUCGGGUCGUCGGUCGUUGACCAAGCUGGCGGCGCACAUCUCCGAUUACGAGCUGUUCGGCGUGGAGAUGUCGCAACAAUACGGAUCGCACGAGUGGCACGACGACCUCAAGGACAUCCUGAGGAAGAGCGCGUCCAGCGAGCUACGCUCGGUGUUCCUGUUCAUGGACACGCAGGUCAGGGAGGAGACGUUCCUGGAGGAUAUCAGCAACCUGCUCAACUCGGGAGAGGUGCCGAACAUAUUCGCGGCGGACGAGCUGACGGACAUCUGCGAGAAGAUGAGGACGAUCGACCGGCAGAGGGACAGGUCCUUGCAGACGGACGGCAGCCCGGUGGCGUUGUUCAACUUCUUCGUGCAAACGGUCCGCGAAAAUCUGCACGUGGUCGUCACGAUGUCGCCGAUCGGGGACAAUUUUCGCGUCAGGAUCCGCAAGUUCCCGGCUCUGGUCAACUGCUGCACCAUCGAUUGGCUGCAGUCCUGGCCCGAGGACGCUCUGUUGGCCGUAGCCACCAAGUUCUUGGGCCAGAUCGAUCUGACGACGACCGAGCGCGACGCUUGCAUCGAGAUGUGCCAGUUCUUUCACACGUCCACCCAAGAAUUGACGCAGGAGUUUCUCAAGAAAGCGAAACGGCACAACCACGUGACCCCGACCUCCUACCUGGAGCUGAUCCAGACCUUCGAGGGGCUGCUCGCGAGGAAGAGACGGCAGGCGCUCGAAGGAAAGAAGCGGUACGAGGCGGGCUUGGAGCGGUUGGACAGCACUCACAAGCAGGUGGAGAAGAUGCAAGAGAUCCUAGUCGCGUUGCAGCCGAAGCUGCUCGUCGCCGCCAAAGACGUCGAGGCCAUGUUCCUCGACGUUCAGAGGCAGAGCGACGAGGCCGCCGCCAUCGAGCAAGUGGUCGCGCAGGACGAAGAGGCCGCCUUGGUCGUCGCGAGCGAAGCGGACGCCAUCCGAGAGGAAUGCGACGCGGACCUGCAGGAGGUGAUGCCGAUUCUGAACGCGGCGAACGCAGCCUUGAACACAUUGACCCCGCAGGACAUCCAGAUCGUGAAGGCCAUGAAGCGUCCUCCGGCGGGCGUUCGCCUGGUCAUGGAGGCGGUCUGCAUCCUAAAAGACGUGAAACCGGAGAAAGUUCAAACUCCGGAAGGACCUUCGGAGGAUUACUGGAAGGCGUCUAUGCGGAUACUGGGCGACAUGAAGUUCCUGGAGAACCUGAUAAACUUCGACAAGGACAACAUCCCGGAGCGUAUCGUAACGAAAAUCCGCGCGACGAUCCUGACGAAUCCGAACUUCGACCCGGAGAGAAUCAGGCAGGUGUCGACCGCCUGCGAGGGACUCUGCCGAUGGGUGUUCGCUAUAUCCGAAUACGACAAGGUGGCGAAGGUCGUGGCGCCGAAGAAGCAAGCCCUGGCUUCCGCGGAAGAGGUUUACUCCGCCGCGAUGGCGCAGCUGACCCUGAAGAGGAAUCAGCUGCAGGAGGUGCGCAAGAGGCUGGCGGAGCUCGAAAACCUUCUGACGCAGAGGAAAGCGGAGUACCGGGCGAUGACGGACGAGGUGACCGAGUGCGAGGAGAAGCUGAAGCGAGCGGAGGAGCUGAUCGGUGGACUGGGCGGCGAGUACACCAGGUGGUCGGAGACGGCCCUGAAGCUCGGCGAGCUUUGUCACAAGCUGACGGGCGACGUGCUGAUCGGGUCCGGCGUCGUGGCCUAUCUGGGGGUCUUCACCACUCCGUACAGACAGCGCCAGAUCGAAAACUGGAUCGCGAUCUGCACCAACUUGGACGUCUAUUGCACGCCGGACUUCCAGCUGACUCGGGUCCUCGGCGAUCCCGUGCUGAUCCGGUCUUGGAACAUCUUCGGUCUGCCCAGCGACCUGUUCUCUAUCGACAACGGCAUCAUCGUCGCCAACUCCCGCCGAUGGCCGUUGAUGAUCGAUCCCCAGGGCCAGGCCAACAAGUGGAUCAAGAACAUGGAGAGAGAGGCGAACCUUAACGUGAUCAGGCUGACCCAGACCGACUACACGAGGGUCCUGGAGAACGCCGUUCAGUUCGGUCAGCCGGUUCUCCUGGAAAACGUUGGCGAGGAGCUGGACGCUGCUCUGGAGCCGCUUCUGACCAGACAGACGUUCCGAACCGGUGGCACCACCUGCAUCAAGAUCGGAGAUUCGAUCGUCGAGUACUCGGACGACUUCCGGUUCUACAUCACGACCAAGCUGCGCAAUCCUCGCUAUCUGCCGGAGGUGGUGGUCAAGGUGACCCUCUUGAAUUUCAUGAUCACUCCGAUCGGCUUGGAGGAUCAGCUUCUCGGUAUCGUGGUGGCGAAGGAGAGACCCGAUCUGGAGGCCCAGAAGAACCGGCUGAUCGUUCAAGGAGCCGCCAACAAGAAAAUGCUGAAGGAAAUCGAGGACAAGAUUUUGGAGGUGCUCUCGGCGUCCGAGGCGAACAUCCUCGAGGACGAGAGCGCGAUCGCUAUCCUCAGCUCCUCGAAGCAUCUUUCGAACGAUAUAGUCGCGAAGCAAGCGACGGCGGAGAUUACGGAGAAGUCCAUCGACGAGGCGAGAUUAGAGUACACGCCGAUAGCUGUUUACAGCACCGUUCUAUUCUUCACGAUAGCGGUUCUGGCCAACAUCGAUCCGAUGUAUCAAUACUCGUUGGUCUGGUUCGUGAAUCUCUUCGAGAACACGAUCGACAACACGGAAGCGGUGGAGAACAUAGAGCAGCGGCUGCACGAUCUGACGAGGGAGUUCACCUAUUCGCUCUACGCGAACGUGUGUCGCUCGUUGUUCGAGAAGGACAAGCUUCUGUUCUCGCUGCUUCUCUCGGUGAACCUGAUGAACAAACGGGGAGAGAUCUCGACGACUCAGUGGAUGUUUUUGUUGACCGGCGGCGUGGGCCUCGAAAAUCCUUUCGCGAAUCCUACGCAAUGGCUGCCCUCGAAAUCCUGGGACGAGUUCUGUCGAUUGGACAACGUUCCCGGAUUUCAGGGCUGCAGAGAUUCUUUCGCGGCGAACCCGAACGCAUGGAGGGUCGUUUUCGAUCACACGGAGCCUCACGGUUUACGGUUCCCCGCGCCCUACGACCAGCUGAAACCUUUCCAGAGAAUGCUCGUGCUGCGAUGCGUUCGUCCCGACAAGCUCGUGUCGGCCGUGCAGGGAUUCGUCGAAGAACAAUUGGGACGACGGUACAUCGAGCCGCCGCCCUUCGACCUGUUGUCCUCGUUCGCCGACUCUCACGCCUGCGUCCCUCUGAUAUUCGUCCUCACGCCUGGCGCAGACCCCAUGGCGGUUCUGUUGAAAUUCGCGGACGACCAGGGUUUCGGGACCAGCAGACUGUUCUCGCUGUCUUUGGGUCAAGGCCAGGGCGCGAUCGCCGUCCAACUGAUCGACGAAGGGGCGAAGAACGGCACCUGGGUGGUCCUGCAGAAUUGUCAUCUUGCCAAGAGCUUCAUGCCCCAUUUGGAGAAGAUCUGCGAGACUUUCACCCCGGAAACCGUGCACCCCGACUUCCGGCUAUGGCUGACCAGCUAUCCGGUGGAUCAUUUUCCCGUCAGCGUCCUGCAAAAUGGCGUCAAGAUCACGAACGAGCCGCCGAAGGGACUGCGAGCGAACAUGAUCAGGUCCUUUCUCCAGGAUCCGAUAUCCGACGACGACUUCUUCGAGACCUGCGAGCAGAAGGUGCCCUUCAAGAAGCUGCUCUUCUCUCUGUGCUUUUUCCACGCGAUCGUCCAAGAGCGCCGACAAUUCGGACCGAUCGGCUGGAACAAUCGGUACGAGUUCAACGAGACCGACCUCAGGAUCAGCGCGCUGCAGCUCAAGAUCUUUCUGGAUCGGUACGACGACGUGCAAUUCACGGCGCUCAAGUAUUUAACAGGCGAAUGCAAUUACGGUGGACGCGUGACGGACGAAUGGGACAGGCGAACUUUGAACACCAUCCUCGCGAAAUUCUAUUCCCCGGAGUUGCUCCGCGACGAAUACCUGUUCGAUCCGAGCGGCUUGUAUCACGUGCCCCGGGUCCAAGAUCGGGCCGAUUUCCUCGAGUACGUCAAGACGUUCCCGAUGACCACGGCGCCCAGCGUCUUCGGCAUGAACGAAAACGCUGACAUCAUCAAGGACCAGCAGGAGACCACGCUGAUGCUGACCUCCGCGCUGGCGACGCAGGAUACCGGGGAAACGGAAACAGACACGGGCGAGUCGCCCGACGAGACCGUCUACGGGGUGGCGUCCGAUAUUCUCUCAAAGUUGCCGGAGGACUUCGAUCUCGACGCCGCGCUCCUCGAGUAUCCGACGUUGUACGAUCAAAGCAUGAACACGGUGCUGGUACAGGAAAUGGGAAGAUUCAACAAGCUUCUGCGAACGAUCAGGAAUAGCCUGACGAACGUUCGGAAAGCGAUCAAAGGUCUGACGACGAUGAGCACGGACCUGGAGGAGGUCUACUCGUCGAUGAUCACCGGGAAGAUACCGGGCGCGUGGACGAUCAACUCGUAUCCGUCCCUGAAGCCGUUGGGCAGUUACGUUCGGGACCUUCUGAAGAGGCUCGCCUUUCUUCUGUCGUGGUACCUCGAGGGACCACCGCCGAGCUUUUGGAUCUCCGGCUUCUACUUUACCCAGGCGUUCCUGACCGGCGCUCGUCAGAAUUACGCGAGGAAGUACUCGAUACCCAUAGAUCUCCUGAUUUACGACUUCGUCCCUCUGAAAGGGACCGUCUUCCCGGACCCGCCGGCCGACGGCGUCUACGUUUACGGCCUGUUCUUCGAUGGAGCGCGGUUCAACACGGAGACCAUGAACAUCGACGAAUCGUUGCCGAAAAUCUUGUACGACGCUGUCCCCUACAUCUGGAUGAUACCGACGAAAAGGGACCAAGUACCGGAGAGGCGCGCGUACACCUGCCCCGUGUACAAAACUGCCGAGAGGAAGGGCGUUCUGUCGACGACCGGCCACUCGACGAACUUCGUAAUCGCCGUACGGCUCCCGACGGACCGCCCGCCGGAACACUGGAUUCUGCGAGGCGCGGCCAUGCUCUGCCAAUUGUCCGAUUAAACCGAUUCCCAGCGA